CGAGGCUGAAAUUAGUAAUAUUUUAUUAGCGCUUACCCCUUGCAGGGAUAACCACAACUAAGCUUCUGCACAAGGAAGGAGAUGAGGACGAUCUCCUAUCAGUGGUGGUGAUGGCUAUUUCCCGACCUUCCCCCUGAUUGGGCUUGGUCGAAAGAAUUUCGAGAAGGAUUUCCAUCCUUGUAGGUUAUCUCCAAAAUCAACGUCCAUCCACAUGGUAGACCCAGUUAUCUUGGACGGCACUGGAGACGCCAACAUCGGACCCGUGUGUCGCGCCGUUAAUUAUACAUAACACGAACCCUUCAAGAAAACUCUUGGCUCCUCUCUCUUUCCCCACUUGGACAUUCAACCUUUUUGUUUGUUUCCUUCUGCCUGCGUCUGGCGUCACCCCCUGUUGCCUCGACGGCGCACUAGUUUUCGCCUAUCGCCCAUAAUGUCGGACGGCGUACACUUUCUCGACCUCCCGCCAUGGGAGGUGCUCAACUUCACGAGGAACUGCACCCUGUGGGGCGACUGGGUGGGCGUCGUCCUCACGCCGGAUCCCGGGGAUCCAAACAGUCUGAUUGGUCCGGCCACAUGGUCGAGUCUCGCCCUGUUCAUCUCGGCGCUUCCAGGAGACGACCCGUUACAGUUCCUGGGGAACUUGAGCUUGUCAGAGGCCUUCCAGGAAAUCUCGAAGUGGUACUCAUACAACAUGUAUUACCAGUGGGAAGGGUCCGACGACUUUCAGGAUGGCGGAUGGAAUCCGAAUGAAAACUUCACUACAAAGGUGCUAAGCGAACCUGCAAAACGUUGCCCGGCUGAGUUUUGCCAGGCCGCGGCGUAUGUCGGAAAUCCCGAUUUGACCGGCAUCGGUGUCUUCCUCUCGUACAUCCUUGAAGCAGUACUUUCUAGCUGUUACUUGUUCGCUUUCACCGUGUGGCAUAUAAAGCGACACUUCAAGUCCAAAAAGAGUGGCAGUCAACACGACGCUCCGAUUGGCUAUGUAGGCGAAAAGGCCAAGCCCACCGGCCUGCGUGCCAGACUGUCGAAGCUGUCCCUCACCCAACGCACCCUCGACGCUUUCCGUGGCUCUCUCGACAGCUUCCUGUCCAGCGCCAUGCUCAUCAGCCUCGCCAUGCUUUGCGCCUCCCUCUACCUGGACGUCCAGGGAAUGAACGCCCCCAAGCCUUCUUUCAAUGUGGCCUUCCCCUUCCACAGCAGCGCCGCCUACGACAUGAUCCUCUCGUUCCUGGCCUCGUGCUUCUCCGUCUUCCCUGUCAUGCUGCUCUACGCGCUGAAGGGCAGUCGCAGCAGCGCCGCCAACAACAACAACAACAACCACAACAGCAACAAGGACGGCUCGGGCGGCGAGGACAAGCCGGAUGGCGUGCACCGCCUGUGGAUGCGGCGGUCUGUCAUGCUCAUCCUCUGGAUUCUCGGCACCGUCGAGGUGUACCUCUCCCCGCGCGGGAACCCGGACUACGAUGAUCGCAACAUACCCGACACGCAGGCCAACAGAGACCCUUGCAACAAGCGUGGCGGCAAGGACUACUGGGAUGCCAUGGUGGCGGUGGAGGUUGUUGUGAUCGUCGUCCCGCUGCUGUGGAUCAUUGUGACUACCUUUCUCGUCACGGGCUUCGGCAUCCCCGGCGUCGUGAACAACCGCUGGAUCCGCAAGUGGCGGUCCGUCUGGCGGCUGGGCGUGGCUUGGGUUAACCUGGUGAUCAUGUGGGCUGUUUUCUUCUACUUCGCCAGCCUCAGACUCGCCAUCGUCCGCUCGGCCGGUAUCUCGGACGCGCAGAACUCCUGGACCUUUGGUCAGGUCCUGGCGCUGGUGGCGUGGGUACCCGUCGUGGCUGAGUUCUUCUAUAUCUUCAUCUGGGGCAUCGAAGACGGUCUCGACUCGCACAUGCCAUCUGGGUUCGAGGUCCAACGCGUGAACUCGGGCCUGCUUCCGUACCAUGACGACGCCGACGGGGGCUUCGGACCCGAUCCGUACGAGAUGCAGCAGGGGCCCGAGGUCACCGACCGGAAGGGGGUCGCCUCGUCGACUGUCGUGGCCGAACCGUUUAUGCAGAUGCCGGAGCCAUACCGAGGAGGGCAUGAGUCAACUUCGGAAGGGCACCUCGCCGAUCCCGAGGGUCAGCCCGCACUUCAGACCUACUAUCCUCCUUACUACGACCAUUCUGCAGGCCAGAAUCCGCAGGAGCCGCGGCAGCAUUUUGAAAGCACGGGUUGGUGAUGCUGUGGUGUAUAUCCACUUGUAUGAAAAUCAGACAGCGAUCACAAUAUAUAUUUUAAUCAUCUGCUU